CGCUGCGCACAGUGGCCCGGAGAGGCAGACCUGGCGGGGCGGAGACCGGCGAUGGCUGCGCGCGGGUGGCUGUGGCUGUGCCUGGGCGCUGCGUGCUGCUCCUUGAUAUUGGGCCAGAAACAGGUCGUUGAAGUUGCUGAGAAUGCCGACGCAAACUUGCCUUGCACUGCCUAUUCGUCACAGGGUGGCACGGCGAAGCGCGUGGAGUGGAAAUUCCAGAAGGGCUCAGUCACAGUUUUGUUCUAUCAUGAUGGUCAAUUCACAGACGACUACAAGAACCGGGCCGUCUUCUUCCCGACUGAGAUUCAGCUGAAGAAGGUGACUCGCAAAGACUCGGGCAUCUAUAUCUGCGAAGUCCUUGGCAACUCAUUUUCACAAUCUCAAGUGGAGCUUAUUGUUCAAGUUCCGCCAUCCAAGCCAAAAGCCGAAGUGCCCUCCGUGGUGACCAUUGGCAAUAAGGCUGUCCUGACCUGCGUGGAGACAGACGGCAAUCCACGCCCGACCUUCAAGUGGUUCAAAAACAACGUGGAAGUACCCAUAGACCCCAAAACUCUCACCAUGUUCAAGAACUCCUCCUAUUCGCUUGACCCCAAGACUGGAGUGCUGGCCUUUGAGCCUGCAACUGCUUUUGAUGCAGGAGACUACUACUGCGAGGCGCAGAACAAAGUCGGGGGACCCGAGAAGUCUGAUACCGUCCGCAUGGAUACCAGUGAAGUCAAUGUGGGUGCCAUCGUGGCCGCUGUAGUGGUGCUGCUCAUCGUCCUGGGCCUGGUCAUCUUUGGCGUCUGGUUUGCGUACAGCCGGGGCUUCUUCAAAAGAAAAGACACCUCCAAUAAGAAGGUUAUUUACAGCCAGCCUUCCAACCGAAGCGAUGGUGAAUUUAAACAGACGUCUUCCUUCCUCGUCUGACCUCUGCCCUCAACCUGCCUUGCGGAGUGUAUUAAAGUCCAACCUCUUCCGCCUCCGAGACCUGUUGUAAAUGUUCUUUAUGAAUCUUUGUAAUUAAGUGUGGUUUUUAAACAGUGUUUUUUUUAAUGAAAGCUUUAGUGUGCCUUUAUGUUCUUUGUGUUUUUUUAAAAAAACCAAAUGCCUUUAAUAAAACUCCUAGGUCACCAUUCUGCUGGGUUAAAUUUAGUUGUGGGCCCCACCAUUGAGCUACUACUGGAUUUUGGACUCCGACACUAAUCUUUUGGCCGCUGUAUCUAGGUUUGGAGGGUGUUGCCUUUUAAGACGUCUGUAGCAUCCAGUGAUAUGGGGUGGUUUAUGGCAGAACAGGGGCAGGUGGUUUGGGAAUUCCUUUGUGGCCCGUUUGAUAAUCUGGUCUUCCCAAACGUAAUGCGCUCCAGAUGUGUUGGACAGCCAUUGUAGUCCAACACAUCUGGAGAAGGUCAUAGAAUCAUAGAAUAGCAGAGUUGGAAGGGGCCUACAAAGCCAUCCCCCUGCUCAAUGCAGGAAUCCACCCUAAAGCAUCCCUGACAGAUGCUUGUCCAGCUGCCUCUUGAAGGCCUCUAGUGUGGGAGAGCCCACAACCUCCCUAGGUAACUGAUUCCAUUGUCGUACUGCUCUAAUAGUCAGGAAGUUUUUCCUGAUGUCCAGCUGGAAUCUGGCUUCCUUUAACUUGAGCCCAUUAUUCCGUGUCCUGCACUCUGGGAGGAUCGAGAAGAGAUCCUGGCCCUCCUCUGUGUGACAACCUUUCAAGUGUUUGAAGAGUGCUCUCAUGUCUCCCCUCAAUCUUCUCUUCUCCAGGCUAAACAUGCCCAGUUCUUUCAGUCUCUCUUCAUAGGCUUUGUUUCCAGACCCCUGAUCAUCCUGGUUGCCCUCCUCUGAACACGCUCAGAGUCAGGUUGGGCAAGGCCAAUCUAUUUGGUUCUAGACCCCUCCCCACCUCACCGCAAGAGAAGAGAAUUGGGCCCUCAGAAGACCAGAAGAACAAACUGAGUCUGUCUGGACUUUGUCUAAAAGAUGCACUGUGGGGUCAGAUGGGAACAAUACAUGUAUUACCUAGGGAUGUUGCGGGCGCCCAAAUGGAUCCGAGGGUCCAACAGACUCUCUCAUGUCCAGCCCCCCUGAACCCAGCUUGCUGGGCUGUGGUGCAUUCCCUGGGGCCCUCUCUGAGGGCUGGCCGUCAUCCAUUGUUGCACACAACGGAGGCUCCAGAAAUGGCAUAUUUCCUGCCUAGUGUAAACGGCAGCUAUAAAGGCCCCAUUGACACAAGAUUAAAGGUUCACACUUUUAAUCUUGUGUAAAUGGAGCCUUUACGGACGCCAUUUACGCAACAUGGAAAAAAUAUGCAAUUUCCGGUGCCUCCAUUGUUGAGGAGGAACGGAGCCUCCAGAAAUGGCAUCUAUCCCGUGAGCGGGGGCCGGCGGCAGCUUGGCGAGUGUCCGACGGAGCAUCUGUCCACUCCUAGAAUUACCACACAAUGCAUUUAAUUCUCCAAUAACUAAAUUGCAUUCUACUGUAGAGAAAUCCCAGCACGGAACUUAGAGGGACUCUCACCCCGUUGAAACCCGUGGAUUUCAGCAUGUCUAAUGGUGUUGGAUUGGCGUUUUGCGUUUUGCACAGAUUUGGAAAGCUUUCUCUUGCUGGCCUGUUUGUCUUAAAUUUGACAUCCCGACCACAUGUGCCUUUUAUAAAAAGUCCACAAGGACUUUAUUCUUGUAUAAUUUUAUACGCCGGACACAGAACUGGAAAUAAACGUUAUGUUUUGUUUUGUUUGA